GAGUCGAACAGCAGCUCCCAGGAGCCUUCAGCACCUGAGCUGAGAACAAAGAUGGGUUUGUUCCUCUGCUGAGCUCCCCACAGCAGCAGGAUUCCCUCCAGCAUGGGGGGUUUGGGAACCUCAGCUGCAGCCACUGCAGGGAACAGCCUUCAGGGGAUGCUGAAGGUGAGCUCAGCCACCAGCGGCUCCAGUCCUCUCCUGAAGGAUCUGCCCACGUUCAUGUGGUGAGGAGCAGGUCUUGGGGAAGUAACUGAAGGAGGAAAACUGAGAAGCUUCACCUGCACCUGCCAGACCCUGGAGAACAAAGACAGAACAGCCAGCAAGUCCAAGGGGUGACACAAAAGCGCUGGGGCCCUGAUGGUCAGAGGACAUGCAUGGGCCUUCAGCGGGAGAGUGGUGUGCAGGGAAAAUCGAGCCCUACCAAGGAAUCUCUGCCUUCCCAGAACACAGCAUUGAUUUCACCAGUAAUCAUUGCAGUGAUUGAUGAAGAUAAAUCCAGAGGAAACCAGCCCUCUCUGCCUAUGCAGGCCCUGAUCCCCCAGCCCAGAGCGUGUCACACAAAGCCAUCAUUGCCUACCCAAGUCUCUGCCAUCGUUAGCAGAACAUUUUUGGUGCUUCCCAGCCGAUUAGAGAUCCAGGCAUCCCCAGAAGACACCAUGUCACCAACCGACUCUCCCAGUCCAAGGCAGUGUCCAAGGCAGCAGAAAGGCUUUGCCUCCAUCACUGUCACAGCCAGGCGUGUCCCUGUGGGCUCUGGGGACCUGGCACAUGGCAUUGGGGCUGGCCAAGAGCCCAACACCGUGUCCCCCACAUCCAGCAAAGUCCCUGCUGUCCUCGAGCGCUGGCCUCCCCCAGCCAAUGCAAACCAACCUCCUUCAUUAGGUGAAGAACCCCAAAAGCAGCUUUUUGACCCUGGAAUCAAGGAGGAUGGCGUGGGUCUUCAAAGCAGUGAUGGGAAGGAGAAAAUGCCACCUUCAUUCACCUCCCGUGUCCAGCUCCAGGUGUCUCAGCCAUGUCCAAACACCAUCUAUUACUUAGACAAGUCACUCAAUGUGUGCAUUGACCAACCUCGAGUUAAAUGCCAAAAAAUUUAUAGAUCCACGUUGUCCUUGAGCCUGAAGUGCAGUUUGUCCGGAUUAACAGCAGAUGGAGUAGAUGGCAUAGCUAAUGGAGAGCCCAUGGAGGAGAGAGCUCCAAGGAAGCUCCCUGGAGCAAACGGGGCUCGGCUCAGAUCACACCUGAGCACAGACUUCACGGGAAAUAAGGUCAUUAGGGAGGAGAAAACAAAGGAAGAACAUUUGGGCAGUAAAUACCCUUUGCAAAGUGUCUUUGCCUCAGGACUUCCAGCAUUUGUGGAGAUUCCCAGAGGACCUCACAAGGCAGCAGCCACAAAGGAAGAGGAUGAGCAGCCUGGCAGCCACCACAGUGUGUUUUCCCUCCAAAUCCCCAAAUCCAGCAAUGAGGCAGGAACACCAAUGUUGUUGGGAAGCAGGAAGAGGAGCAGCACAACAGCCCCUGGCUCCCCCCCAGAUGCAACCUCCAGAGAAACCAUUGCUGCUGCUACUGAUGGCUCAUCCAGCAGGGCAGAUCCCUCCAAAGACACCUCCAAAUCCAAAGAGAACCAAGCACAGGGUGUCCUGAAACCAAAAACGUUUGUCUCCAGCAGCGCGUGCAGCAUAAAGGCGUCACCGAGAGUCCUCCGGGAAGAAAAUGUUCACGGGCAAAAGCAGCUCCUAAAAAGCCAUUCUGGGUUCCCUGCUCCGAGGGACAGAACAAAGGAGCUCGAGGCACAGGACGAGCGGGAGCGGCGCAGGAGGGUGACACUGUCCAGGGUGACACUGUCCAGGGUGACACUGUCCAGGGUGACACUGCCCAGGGCCAGCUCUCCAGAUGUCACCUGGGACAAAAACCUGCUCACCUGGCCAGAAUCCAGCUCCCAGCUGGAGCAAACUCCAGCAGCCCCAUGGACACUGCGGGAAGCCCUCGAGAUCCACAACCCCCAGUUCAUCUCCCGCUCCCAGAAGAGGCUGAAGAGGCUGGAGCUGAUGGUGCAGCUGAGGAGGGCCCAGCAGAGGGAGGCUCCUCCAGGCACCCCCCGAGCGCUCACUCGCAAGCUCCCCACAUCCACAUCCAGCAAAAAGAAGCAAUUCACCAUCCCCGACCCUCUCAGUGAUAACCUUUUCAAACCAAAGGAGAGAAUCAUUCCCGAGAAGGAGAUGCACAUGAGAUCUAAAAGGAUUUAUGACAAUUUACCUGAGGUUAAAAAGAAACAAGAAGAGAAACAGAAGCGGAUCAUCAUCCAGAGUAACAGGCUGCGUGUGGAGAUGUUUAAAAAGCAAUUACUGGACCAGCUCCUUCACAGAAACACGGAGUGACAAAGGAGCCUCUUUCCCAUCAUCCUAAUUGGAUCUCGAGUGCUUUUGACUGCUAGAUAAGCCAUAAAAUUAACUGUUAUCUCAAUUACCUGGAGGUAUUGUUCUUAUCUUUGGCUCUUUGUAUAAAGAAAUAUCAUUUAUGUUUCAAUUGAAAUUUUAAGGCAACUUUCAAGUAAUCAAAAACAGCCUAAAAGGGAGCACAGCUGUUCCAGAGCAUCACCUUUUGGGCAGUUUACCCAGAGGAAAUAAUUUUAAGAAUUUUGAAUGCAAAUACUGAAUUACAGGGGUAUUAUUUAUCCUAAUCUUUUUUUAAGAAGCACACUUCUCUGUAGCAAUAGCCCAGUGUUUAUAAGAUGUGGAAAACUUAUUUCUCUGAAGUAUUUUAUUAAUUGAUUUCCUGUGAGUUAAAUCCUUGAAGAAAACUGUUAUUUGUUAUGUUUAGGAACCAGUUGAAAAAGCAUUACCACAUCAUCAGAGCAACAGCAGUUUCACAUUAAUAUUUAACAUUCCAAAAGGGACCAAUAUUUCAGCUUUCUGAAGAACUCCAAUCCUGUUCAUAGAGUGAAACUACCUAGCAAGCUCUCCCAUUAAAAAACAAUAUUUAAAUAUUUGUUUAUAACACUUUUUUUCACAUUUUUUUCAUUGUAAUAUGGGUUUUACUCCACUUCUGUGAGCACGAAGCAUUUCUAGAAAUGGCAAAUGAAGGAGUGGUGCCAAGAAGGAUGUUUGCAUCAAAACUUGCAGAACUCAAACCAGCUGUCAUGUUUCCUCCAAAAAAAUAUUUAAAUCUUUAUUUGUACAUGUUGGAAGUAAAAACAAGCAGCUCACAGAGCAAUGGAGUUUAUUUAUGGAAUAAAGUAUGAGGAUAAUAUUGAUCCAACCGCUGUGUUUUGAUUUGGGGCUGUUAAAUAUAACACAAUUAUUGAAA